AUGGGAGAAACGUUGCAGCUUUACAUUUCGGCGUCUCCAAAAACGGUGGCGGCAGUUUUAUUAUUGGAGCGCAAGAAAUUACAGACGCCUAUAUAUUUUGUGAGCCAUGUGCUAAAUGCUGCGGAACGGAGGUACCCUCUAGUAGAAAAAACCGCGUAUGCAGUAGUCAUAGCGGCAAGAAAAUUGCGACCAUACUUUGAUACGCAUACCAUUGAAAUUCUGACAAAUCAACCGUUAGAAAAAUCCCUUCAGAAAAUGGAAACCUCUGGUCGUCUGCUGAAAUGGGCAAUAGAGUUAUCGGAGUACGCACUGAUUUAUAAGCUAAGAGUGUCGAUUAAAGCCCAGGCUUUGUCGGACUUCAUAGUAGAAACUUCUUACACUAAAGAGGAAGAUGAAAUCGGCACGUGGAAGGUAUCGGUUGACGGCUCAUCGGCCUCAACUGGGUCUGGGGCCGGUAUCAUCAUGACUUCCCCACAAGGAGAUGUAUUCGAAUAUGCAAUCCGGUUCAAAUUCAAGGCCUCCAAUAACGAAGCUGAAUAUGUAGCGGCGCUAGCAAGAGUUCAGUUAUGCAUAGCAGCAGAGGCAAAGAGGGUAGAGUUAUCCACAGAUUCGCAGUUGGUAGCUAGCCAUUUCAAUGGUGGAUACGAAGCCCGUGAACCAACGAUGAUAGCAUACUUAGCUAAACUUAAAAGCAUAACAACAGCACUUGACCACUUUGUAAUCAACCUGAUACCUCGUGGCAAAAAUACUCAAGCAGAUGCACUGGCAAAGCUUGCAAGUUCUAGCUUUAAUGACUUAGAACGCACGGUAAUGAUUGAAGUUCUAAAGAAAAAAAGUAUAGACGAAGAGACUCACAAACAAGUAAAUUGCGCAUCAGAAGGCCGUGAAUGGUAUGAAGAUAUAUUGGCCUACAAAGUCCAAGGUGUACUCCCCACAGAUAAGAACGAGGCGCAAAAAAUCAAGAAAGAUAGCGUUUGUUUUGUUAUGUUCCGGGGCAUGUUAUACAAGAGGGGUUUCUCACUGCUGUUAAGGAGAUGUUUAACGGCAUAUGAAUCAGCAAGAUUAAUAGAAGAAAUACACGAGGGUGAUUGCGGAAAUCACUCAGGGGGCCGAUCAAUGUCGUUAGAAGCAAUGAAAAGGGGGUACUACUGGCCAACAAUGAAUACGGACACUCUAGCCUACGCCAAAAAAUGUGAUAAAUGCCAGAAAUUCGGACCAGCGAUAAAUCAACCACCGAAUGACCUGACUCCUAUCCUCAAUCCGAUUCCAUUUGCGCAAUGGGGUAUGGAUAUUGUCGGCCCAUUUACCUCAGCAACUGGAGGGCGUAAGUUUUUGAUAGUCGGGAUAGACUACUUCACAAAAUGGAUAGAAGCAGAACCUGUGGUGAAGAUAACAGCAAACGAGGUAAAGAAGUUUAUCUGGAAAAAUAUCUUCACCAGAUUUGGAUUACCGAUAGCAAUGUUGUUCGAUCACGGUUCUCAAUUCGUCUGCAACCCGGUAAAAAACUUUCUAGGCAUAUACAAAGUAAAGUUUGCUUAUGCUGCAGUCUGCCAUCCUCAGUCUAACGGCCAAGCUGAAGCCGCUAAUAAGCAGGUUUUAAGUGCCCUAAAGAAGAAAAUUGAAGAUGCUAAAGGCCUAUGGGCAGAUUUAGUACCAAAAAUAUUAUGGGCUAACAAGACGACAACCAAAGAAACAACAGGCGAGUCGCCCUUCAAUCUUGCUUUUGGAUCAGAGGCAGUAAUUCCUGCGGAAGUAGGGUUACCAACAUUUCGAAUUCAACACUUCUGCGAAGAUCAGAAUGACCUCCUAUUACGGCAACAAUUGGACUUCCUACCGGAAGUAAGAUUAAUGGCCUCUAUUAAAUCUGCAGCUUACAAAAACAGAAUGAGUCAAGCCUACAACAAGCGCGUCAAUCAUAGGCCGUUAGAAGUUGGAGAUCUAGUUUUGCGUAGAACGGCGGCAACAGGAAAGGGAAACGCCGAUGGUAAGUUCACGGCCAACUGGGAAGGACCCUACCAAAUAUAUGAAACAAUACGCCAAGGAUCUUACCGUCUCAUGACACUGGAAGGGGUCCAGUGA